CUCACGCGCUCCUCAUCGCCUUCGUCCAUCUCGUCGUCGUCGUCGUCGUCGUCGUCGUCGUCCUCUUCAUCGCUCUUCAUCUCAUUCUCAUUCUCAUUCUCAUUCUCAUUCUCUCUCUCUCUCUCUUUCCCUCUUCUCUGCUCCACACUUCACUCUUCACCCUCAAUACCCCCGGGGCCGCCACCACCGCCUUGUACACAGCAGUCCAACUCGUCCACUUUCUCUCUCCCUUCUUCAUCCCCCCACUCCCUCACCACCCCCUUCCUCUUCCGUCCCCCCCCCUCCCUCCCAAGUCCCACCACCAUGCCACGCAUCACCACCACCUCCCUCCUAGCCCUCCUCCUCAUCGCACUCGCCCUCUUCGGCACCGUCUCGGCUGCCCCCGCCCCACAGGACCCUGGCACAAACGACACCGGAGGUCCAGGCGCAGGAGACGACACAUCCCAGCCUGCCACCGACGGCAGCGGCGACACUGGCACCGGCAUAGAGACUCCUAUCCCCGAUGACGGUGGUGUGGCUGUGCCCAGCACUUCGGGCGCAUCCGGCGCUGCGCCUACCCCCACCCCUGCCGCGGGUGGUGGCAAUGGCCAAGUCCAGCAGUCUGCGCCCGGCGACCCCAACGGCCCCGAGCUCAACAUCUCCGAGCCAUUCGGCCAGACCACUGUCCAACCUGGCGGCGACCUCAAGGCUAUCUGGACCCCAGACACGAACGGCGUUUGGAACCCCAUGACUAUCCAGCUUAUGACCGGCUCCAACCUCCAGAUGAUCCCUCUUUCCACCGUCGGCCAGAACAUUGACGCCACCACCUUGGGCGAGUACACCUUCAAGGUGCCCGACGUUGAGCCCUACUCGCAGAUCUACUUCCUCCAGUUCACGUCCACUGGCGGUGCGCCCUCGUGGUCUACGCGCUUCACCAUCGCGGGCGCCGAUGGUUCGACCAUCCCGCCCCCUCAGACUGAGAACGUUAACGGCCAGAACGUUGGCUGGGGCAACGGCAAGCUCAAGGGUGGACCCGCUGUUGUCGGCGCCAACCCGACCAGCGCUUCGGGCGUCCGUCCCUCCGGUGUCAACGGCACCGGCAUCACGCUCUACAACGAAGGUCUUGAGACGGGCAUUCCCACCGACGUCUCGACGCACGGCGUUGCGGCGGCCACCAUUGGCGCUCUCCCCGGCACGGGCUCGGGUGCGCUCUCGCUGCGCCCUGUCGCUGCAGUUGUGGCUAUUGUGGCGGGUGCCGCGCUGCUGGCCUAAGGACAUUUUUUACAUACACGCAUACCAUUUUCCCUCUACAUCACGGGUGCUUGUUGCAGCAGCCCUCAUUCUCUGUCAUGGUCCGAGGACACUUGUUGUCGGCUGCGCUAUGCACGGGGUCGCUGAG